AAUCUUUUUAUCUAAUCUCAUCCUUGACUCUUCUUCCCCCAACUUCGUUGCUUUCUUUGACUCCCCAACUUUAUAUCUUCUCAAAUCCACCGUUUCGUUUCUCAGCUUCAUUAAAGCUUUCAUCUUUUCUUCACCUUCUAUACUAUACCACACUUCUUGGGUUUCUCCUUGUAGUUACAAGAAACAACAAAGAUUUUCAGCUGCAAUACUGUAAUCUUGUUGUAUUUAAUGUUCUGUCAAUUUGGUUGUUACUAAUUUAGGGUUUAUUUGGGAAUUUUAUGAGCUCUGUCGGUGGCUAAACUUAGAACUUCAACCUUUCGUUUAUUAAAUUCUCUUGUUGUUAAUUAUUCAUUUGUUUAAUUUAAUCUAAACCCCUGGGGAUUUUAUAGUUUGCGAUUUGAAUGGAUCAUAUUAGUAAUGAGGCUCGAGUUGACCGUUUUCGAAUUGGCCCUUCCGGCAUACUUGGUAGGACGGUUGCUUAUAGGGUUCUUUUCUGCAAGUCUAUGUCAGAAUUGAGGCACCGAUUAGUUCAUGUAUUGUUGCAUCUAAUUUUUAGGUUUAAGGGAUUUUUUGCACCCAUUUUGUCAUGGUUUCAUCCAAGAAACCCUCAGGGGAUAUUAACAAUGAUGACAAUACUUGCUUUCUUGUUGAAACGAUAUACUAAUGUAAGGGCAAGUGCUGAACUAGUGUAUAGGAGGAAGUUCUGGAGGAAUAUGAUGAGAUCUGCCUUGACUUAUGAGGAGUGGGCUCAUGCAGCUAAGAUGCUCGAUAAAGCGACUCAAAAGAUGAAUGAAUCAGAUCUUUAUGAUGUGGAAUUGGUGAGGAACAAGCUCCAAGAGCUGCGCCACCGCCGGCAAGAGGGGUCUCUCAGAGACAUAAUAUUUUGUAUGCGUGCUGAUCUUAUUAGGAAUCUAGGUAAUAUGUGUAACCCCGAGCUCCACAAGGGUAGGCUUCAUGUGCCUGCCUUAAUCAAGGAGUACAUUGAUGAAGUAUCAACUCAGCUCAGAAUGGUAUGUGACUCUGAUUCAGAGGAGCUCUCAUUGGAAGAAAAGCUUGCGUUCAUGCACGAAACUAGACACGCUUUUGGGAGGACGGCUUUGUUGUUAAGUGGGGGUGCUUCUCUUGGAGCAUUCCAUGUGGGUGUUGUACAAACACUUGUAGAACAUAAACUAUUGCCUAGGAUAAUUGCUGGUUCUAGUGUAGGAUCCAUAAUGUGUGCUGUUGUUGCCACUAGGUCUUGGCCUGAACUUCAAAGCUUCUUUGAGGAUUCGUGGCACGCAUUGAAGUUUUUCGACCAAAUGGGUGGGAUUUUCACAGUUGUCAAGAGGGUUACAACAUUUGGUGCUCUUCAUGAGAUCAGACAAUUGCAAAUAAUGUUGAGGCAUCUGACAAGCAAUCUUACAUUUCAAGAGGCUUAUGACAUGACAGGUAGAAUUCUUGGGAUUACAGUUUGCUCCCCGAGGAAGCAUGAACCACCAAGAUGUCUUAACUACUUGACUUCGCCACACGUUGUCAUAUGGAGUGCAGUCACUGCUUCUUGUGCUUUUCCUGGCCUUUUUGAGGCUCAGGAAUUGAUGGCAAAGGAUAGAAGUGGUGAGAUUGUUCCUUACCAUCCUCCUUUCAAUUUGGGUCCUGAGGAGGGAUCCACUUCAGCGCGCCGAUGGAGAGAUGGUAGCUUGGAGGUUGAUUUACCAAUGAUUCAGUUGAAAGAGCUGUUCAAUGUCAAUCACUUUAUAGUCAGUCAGGCUAAUCCUCAUAUUGCACCCUUGCUAAGAUUGAAAGAAUUUGUGAGAAAUUAUGGAGGCAAUUUUGCUGCUAAGCUUGCUCAUCUUGCGGAGUUGGAAGUGAAACACAGGUGCAAUCAAAUACUUGAACUUGGCUUUCCAUUAGGUGGACUUGCCAAGUUGUUUGCUCAAGACUGGGAAGGCGAUGUUACUGUUGUUAUGCCUGCAACUCUUGCUCAGUACUCAAAAAUCAUACAGAACCCUUCGUAUGCGGAGCUUCAGAAGGCAGCCAACCAAGGGAGAAGAUGCACCUGGGAGAAGCUUUCAGCCAUAAAAGCAAACUGUGGAAUCGAGCUUGCUCUGGAUGAAUGUGUUGCAGUUCUGAAUCAUAUGAGAAGACUCAAAAGAAGCGCACAGAGAGCUGCUGCUUCUGCUUCUCACGGUUUAUCCAGCAACAACAGAUUCAAUGCUUCAAGAAGAAUCCCUUCAUGGAAUUGCAUUGCACGAGAGAAUUCAACAGGUUCCCUUGAAGACCUUACGGAUGCUGCUUCCCCAGUGCAUCAAGGUGUUAGUUGUUCCAAUGGAGGCAAUGGUAAAAACUGGAAGACCCACCGUGGCGCACAUGAUGGAAAUGACAGUGAUUCUGAAAGUGUUGAUUUGAAUACAUGGACCAGAUCUGGAGGCCCUUUGAUGAGAACUACUUCUGCGAAUAAGUUCGUCGACUUUCUCCGCAGCCUGGAUGCUGAUUCAGAGCAAAAUAAAGGCCUGAUGGCUCAUUCUAACCCUCAUGAUUUCCAAUAUCACAGUCCUAGAAACACACCACCAGAUUGUAGCUUUGAUAGCGCAGAAUCCGAUCAGAAGGAACAAAUCGGUAAUAGGUUUGUUAACGGUUCUAGCAUAGUGGUAAAUGAAGGUGACCUUUUGCAGCCUGAAAGGAUACAUAAUGGGUUUGUGUUCAAUAUAGUCAAGAAAGAAGAGUUAACACAUUCAAAUCGGUGUCAUGAUUUUGAAAAUUACAGCAAUGAAGCUGCUGAGAGUGUCCAAAUUGAGUCUCCAGAAAAGGAUAUGGAUGCUGCAAGCUCAUCUUCUGAAAGUGGAGAUGAUGAUCCUUUGGCAGCUAGGUCCCUAACUUGGACAUAAAAUUAUGUUUCCAUGGAUCACAGCUUUAUUUACAGUUAGAGAUCAAUUCUUUUCCACUUAGUCUUUAAUUUUUAGGUCCAUUUUAUUCCACCUUGUAAGUAGUAGAAACUAGGAAAUCCAAUCUUGGGUUGCAUUAUUUAUUUAUGUAAAUUAUGUUUCUGAUUUUGAAGGGAAUAUAGCUUUCAAUUUGCUUUA